ACGUGACUUCCGUGCCCUUGGUCUGCUAACUUUGACAUGUGAACAUCAGAAACAUGUCUUUCCCUAAAAAACCCGGCGGUAAAGCUUUGGAGGUUUUGCAAACCCUCCCGAGAAUAACUCUGGCCAACCUGCGUCCGGAGCCGGGAGCUCAGCAGCGGGAAAAAAAACGGGGUAGAGGACAGCACGGGGGCAACAAAAGCGGCCGAGGACACACGGGACAGCGGCAGAGGGGAACCCGGCCCCGGCUGGGCUUCGAAGGGGGACAAACUCCGUUUUACCUGGCCAUCCCGAAAUACGGAUUCAAUGAAGGACACAGUCGUCGUCCUCAGUAUAAGCCUCUGACGCUGAAGCGACUACAGUACUUGAUCGACCUGGGCCGAGUGGAUACCAGUCAACCCAUAGACCUGACCCAGCUGGUCAACGGAAGAGGAGUGACCAUCCAGCCUCUGAAGAGGCACUACGGCGUCCAGCUCAUUGAUGAGGGCGCCGAUAUUUUUGCUGCUAAAAUCAACAUUGAGGUUCAGCGGGCGACCGAAGGAGCCAUCGCCGCUAUUGAGAGGAACGGCGGCGUCGUCACCACCAGCUUCUACGACCCUCUGAGUCUUGAUAUCCUCAUUAAGCCUGUCCCGUUCUUCAUGCGCGGGAAGCCCAUCCCCAAGCGCAUGCUGCCGGGAGAGGACAUGGUGCCGUACUACACAGCUGCUGAAAACCGCGGAUACUUGGCGGAUCCGGAAAAAAUCCAGCAGGCCCGGCUGGCCCUGGCUCAGAAGUACGGCUACACUCUGCCGGACAUUUCAAAGGAUGAACUAUAUCACAUGCUGGCCAUGAGGAAGGAUGCUCGACAGAUCUUCUUUGGCCUGGCUCCAGGCUGGGUGGUGAACAUGUCGGAGAAGAAGAUUCUCAAACCAACAGAUGAAAAACUGCUUGAAUAUUACAGUUCACAGUAGCAGACAUAGUGUGGGAAUUGUGAGUCACAGUAAACGUCAUUAAAAUACUGGAACAAUAUUCUCAUUUUAUAUGGAAAACGUGUGUGUAGUCAUUAAAGUUUGUCUUGAAAAC